ACGAACGCUGAGAAAGCUGUACUCCACACUCCGCAAUUGGAGAGCCAUCCCAGUUGCGUCUGCGUACCGCGGUUCACGACAGCCUCGAUGUCCCCAACCGAUCGCGAUACAUCCGUAACCCCCAAAACCCUGCUACCAACUGCAAAUUAAGGUUAACCACCCUCAUCUCAUCGGCUACACAGGCACGGCACGGGUAAAGCCCCUCGAAUGAGCUUCGUUCCGCAUCCCAGUUGUACCAAGGUUUCAAUGACACCCAUGUCGCUCUCGAGUCUCCCCCGUCCGGACAAACGUUUAUCCGAGCGGAGCUACGUGUCGAGUUCGCAGAUGCGUGAUGUCACGCAUACCCUAGCUGCCAAGACCUCCCGAGAGUGCUGCCGCGGCACAUAUUAUUCUCCCGAAAUGAGGGCGAGGUUGUCGCUAUACUUGGAAGUUGCAUGCAAGGCGCGCGGGGCGAUAGGCAACAGCUGCAGGAAGACAUAUAUAGAUCUCGAUGUUCGGGCAGGGGGAUCGGGAUGGCACGUAAGGUGGGGAAGGAGGAAGACGGAGGAUGAAACGCAACGGAGAGGGGUUUGGGAAUGGUGGAAAUGUACGGCACAUCAGUUGGAUGAACAGGGUUCGCCGAGACGUGUCGGUGGUCCGGGCGGUUACGGUUCUCCAUCUUGUCACUCCCCGGUCCUGCCGACCGACCUUCUUCGCGUGCUACCCAUCUCUUACGUACAAAUGCGUUUCGUCCAAGACACUUUCGUCAUCGAGAGCAAGCGGGUGCGAGCAUCCGCCUCCGGGCGUCCGGUAAACGUGGGAAAAUACCGCAAUGCACUUUCGCAGGUGCAGAAGAGUAAGACCGACGUUUUGUGAGGAGCGGCCGACACGUAAGAGAGACUCCAACAAUUUUGGUAACGAUGGAUUUAACAACAGUGAUCUACAUCAUCACCUGACUGUCAAACCUCUCCAGACAAGGACUCGAUUCUGGGAUGAUCAUCAGGCUCGAUGCCCCAGGGUAACGCAACUCCACACACUUCUAUGGCAACUCCUCCUUGAAUAGCUCCAAGAUCUCCUCGAUAUUGUUCAU